AUGGCCUCCCGAAGAGCUCAGUUCAAUCAGCAGUUGCUCAUUGACACCACUCCUCUCCCCGAGAACAUCCCGGCUGUCAAGGAGAUCGGUGCCAGCUCUGCGCCGCUGCUCUCGGCCUCCUUCUUCAUCGGCGCCCGAUGCCGCGACUACAACGAUGACUUCAUGCAGUGCAAGACUGAGAACCCCGGCCGGGGAGAGUUUGAGUGCUUGAAGGAGGGCCGACGAGUCACCCGAUGUGCCUCCAGCGUCAUCCAGGACAUCAACACCCACUGCCUCGCCGAGUUCCGCAAACACUGGGAGUGCCUCGACGACCGAAAUCACCAGCUGUGGCAGUGCCGCCCUGCUGAGUGGAAGCUCAACAAGUGCGUCUUCGAUAACCUGAAACUCGAGAAGAAGAUCCCCGACCAGCCCAAGAACGUCACCCCCGUUGAGCUGCGACCGACGCAGAUCUUCUCCGAUGUGCGCAUUGGACCUGGCGACGGCAAGCCCUUCAUCGCUGGGCAGAGCGAGGCGAAGCAAUAA